GUACACGACACUACGUCAUACGGUAAAUCGAACGCACCCUUAAUACAAGAUUAGUACAAAAAAAAUAUUUUAAGGAAGAAAAUUUUGAAUUAAAAAUAACGUAGGGCAAAUAUAGAAGAUAGAAACUCUAAACGGCUUGUAGCCAAUAACUUAUUCAAAGAAAAAGAAGAUAGAAAUAGAAAUUUAUAUAAAUACAAUUAGUAAACAAUUGCUUAGUGAAUUUUAGAAAUAUGUCACAAAUCGCCACGUACUGAUAUUAUUUAUAAAUUUUUUUAUGGUUGAAGUCUAGAAAAUUUGAACUAAAUUACGACAUUUUUCAAAGUUUAAAAUGUUUUAUUUAUAGCAAAAAUGAGUGCUAAUAAACUUGAUAUUUUUUUUUAAAUUUUGUGUAUUUAAACAUUGAACUGUUCGAAAAUGUUUGGCUCGUAUUUCUUUAAUUUACAUCAAUUUAAUGUAAUUUUGAAAUAGUAUUAUAUAUGAAUAUAUUAUCAAUAACAUUAUAACCCUAAAAAGAUAGGUUAUGAAAAAUGUGUAAUGCUCAAUGAUUAUUUAAUAACAUGUCGGGAGCAGAAUGUGAGAGUGAAAUGGACUGUUCUGAUUCAGAUUGUGGUGAUACUGGUUAUGAAGACUAUUACAGUACUCAACCGUGGGAUAACGAAACAGAAAAUCACAUCGAUUAUAAUCCACAGCAUCGUGAUCCAGAAUAUGCAGUUUAUGAAUGUUUACGAGUAGAUGAAGUAGAAAGACUAUUAAAUGAAAAUGUAGAAGUAUUAAGUACUAAUUUACAGAUAACUCCAUCUUUAGCAAAGCUUUAUUUACAUGCACAUGAUUGGGCUUUACAAGAUAUUCUCGUCAAGUAUCAAAAUAAUGCUUCUAAUAUAAUAAAUGAUUCAUGUAUAAAACUUGUACAAACAAUAGAAUCAUCUUUUCAUUCAAAUUUUCAUAGAAGCAAUAUAUGUUUAGUUUGUUUAUCAAGUUUACCAACUGAUAGAUUUAGCAAUUUAAGCUGUGGACAUUCUUUUUGCAAGGAAUGUUGGGGUACACAUUUUGAAACUCAAAUUUCCCAAGGAAUUUCUACAGGUAUUAGUUGUAUGGCCAACGAUUGUAAUAUUUUGGCGCCAGAAGACUUUGUGCUAUCAAUUUUGACGAAGCCAAUCAUGCGAGAAAGAUAUCAACAGUUUGUAUUUCGUGACUAUGUCAAGUCACAUCCACAGCUUCGGUUCUGUCCAGGACCAAACUGCCAAAUUGUAAUCCGAUCCAAAGAAUUAUGCGCUAAAAGGGUUAUAUGUAACGUGUGCAAAACAGUGUUUUGUUUUCGUUGUGGCAUGAAUUAUCAUGCACCUACAGAUUGCAAUACUAUAAAAAAAUGGUUAACGAAAUGUGCUGAUGAUUCUGAAACCGCUAAUUAUAUUAGUGCCCAUACAAAAGAUUGCCCUAAGUGUCACAUAUGUAUAGAAAAAAAUGGGGGUUGUAAUCACAUGCAAUGUUAUAAUUGCAAACAUGAAUUUUGUUGGAUGUGUCUUGGAGAUUGGAAAACGCAUGGAAGUGAAUACUAUGAAUGUUCACGUUACAAGGAGAAUCCGAAUAUAGCUCAUGAAAGUGUGCAUGCCCAAGCUCGUGAGGCUCUUAAGAAAUAUUUACACUAUUAUGAAAGGUGGGAAAAUCACAGUAAAUCUUUAAAACUGGAAGAGCAAACAUUAGAGAAAACUAAAUUAAGAAUCAAUAAAAAAGUCAUGAAUUCAAGUGGAACGUGGAUCGAUUGGCAACAUCUUUUUGAAGCGGCUUCUUUACUAGCUCGAUGUCGGUAUACAUUGCAAUAUACUUACCCUUACGCAUAUUACAUGGAGGCAGGUCCUCGAAAAGAACUGUUCGAAUAUCAACAAGCACAAUUAGAAGCAGAAAUUGAAAACCUCUCAUGGAAAAUUGAACGAGCCGAAACAACUGAUCGUGGUGAUUUAGAAAAUCAAAUGGAUAUUGCCGAAAAAAGAAGAAUAACCCUACUCAAAGAUUUUUUAGAAGUCUAAGACUGUAAAUUUGAUUUUAAAAAAUCGUCAUUGUUUAUACUAGCAUUACUUUAUUUUAACCAAAGCAAAUUCUCUUUAUAAAAAAACAGUUUGUAUGCUAAUAAUGACAAUCUCAUAUAUCAUUCGGAUUAUCAUUUGAUUUUUAACAUAUAAUAUAUUUCAAUAAAAAUCACAUUUUAAUGAUUACUGAAAA